AUGAUGAAUGUGAGAGAUUUUGUGCAAAAUAGAACUAGAAAGAAGAUAGGCAAUGGCAAUGCUACAAACAUUUGGGAGGAUAGCUGGAUCCCUGGAAAUAAGGAUGGAAAAGUCACAUUUGCAAUGUCUCAGAAUUGCAACAUCAGAAGAGUAGAUGAGCUUAUCAGUGGCUUUAGAUGGAGAAAACCAUUGGUACUUAGAACCUUCAACAGGAAGGAUGCUGACGAAAUCCUAGAUAUUCCUAUAAGUAUCUCAGGAAGGAAAGACAGCAAUUACUGGUUACAUAGUGGCAAUGGCAUCUAUACGGUCAAUUCUGGAUACAAGGCAUUGAGUAGAGAAACAACUCAACAUAUAGGAAGAAGAGCUGAUGAGGCAGAAACGAGCUCAGCAAACUCCAAUGGAAAGCAAUGGAAGUGCAGAGCUCAAGAGGUAUGGAAGAUGGCCCCAAUACAGUGGGAUGGGUUAACUGAACAGACAGGGAAUUUUAGAGUUUGGUGGACUGCAAUGCUGGAAGCCUCAUGUAGGACAGAGGGUAGGGAGCAUAUAGAGCUUACUACGAAUAUCCUUUGGCAAAUAUGGAAAAGGAGAAAUGAAUGGAAGUUCAAUGCUAAACGAAGGCAUCCUUGGAAAACAGUUAACAAGGCUCAACAGGAAUGGCAAGAGCAAGCCUCAGCUUGGAGUAAGGAGACAAUGAUCCCUGAGGAUGCUGAAAGAGAUGGAGAGGAAGUAGAACCAGUGGAGGUGGUGUCAGCCUGGGCAUUAAUUGAUAGGAAAACAGUGAAUCAAUUGCAGACUAUCGCAGAAGCUAUGAAGAUGGCCAUUAUAAAGGCCAGACAUCAGCAAUGGCAGAAAAUUACAGUCCAUAUCCCCAGCCCACAGCUGCUGAAAGUGAUUACGACGGGGGUGGCUAAGGAUAUCAAAAUGUCUACUUUGGCUGAUGAUAUUAACAACCUCAGAGCUUUGUUCCAGAAAUGCUCUUUUUGUCUAGAUAGGAGAUUAGAUAAAAGAUGUGAUAUGAUUAGUGAUUAUGCCUUAGGCAUAUUUCAAGAUGAGGAAUGGAUCAAUCCUCAGUGUGUCUAA